GUCCACUUCCGGCGGGGAAGAGAGCUGGAAAAAUAGCUGGGGUAGGAGGCCAGGCUGGAGCAAAAGAGAGUCGCUGUGCAGGGGAAGGGGCGACGUUUGAUUGCGGAGAAGGUUCUCUACAACCAGAAGAGACAUCAGUAAGCCAUGGAGGACUGUGGCAGCCUCAUAGAGUUUGAUGUCCCUGAGUUCAGCAACACCGUCCUGAACCAGCUCAAUGAGCUCCGUCUCCAGGGCAAGCUGUGUGACAUCAUUGUGCAUAUUCAGGGCCAGCCGUUCCAGGCCCAUAAGGCCGUUUUGGCCGCCAGUUCACCAUACUUCCGCGAUCAUUCAGCACUAGGCACAAUGAGUGGUCUCUCCAUCUCCGUAAUCAAGAGCCCUGAGGUUUUUGAGCAGCUGCUGGCCUUCUGCUACACUGGCCGCAUGGCAUUGCGCCUGCGUGACGUCAUCAGCUUUCUUACGGCUGCCAGCUUCCUCCAGAUGCAAGCUGUGAUUGACAAAUGCACACAAAUUCUUGAGGGUAUUCACUCCAAGGUCAGCCUCCCUGUGCCUGUUGAAACAGAUCCAGAUGAUGAUUGCACCACCUCAAGGGCUGGACGCAAUGGUGUAAAAGAUGGAGGUAUUUUUGUAAACCCCACCCAGAUUUCACCACCCUACUAUUUGCGUCAGAAUCAUUGCGCAGAAGUGCGGAGUUCAGGAAAACGGGCCGUACAACUUGCAGAGGAGGGACACUCAGACCGAGGGAGCAGUGACAGCGUAUCUGAGCAGGAGGCGUCCAUGGAGGUUGAGCCAGAACAGGUGGAGUUGAUCGGGAAAGAUGGGCAGGUAACUGAUGUCCAUAUCAAGCUCGAGAAAACAGAUCGGCCUAGCUACUCUGACAGCUCGUCGGCAGGAGAUGAUGGCUACCACACUGAGCUAGUGGAUGGCGAACAGGUGCUAGCUGUUAGUGUGGGAUCGUACGGGCCCGUGCUGUCCUCUGCCCGAUACACCUACUCAGCACUGCCUUCCCCCUGUUUUGUCAGCCUGAGUUCCUCUAGCCCAUCUCGUUCCUUGCUCAGCAGCUUCCAUGGUGGUCGUGCCCGUACCAAACGUCCUGUGCCUCUACCAGCUGAUCUACUAACUCAGCUCAAGCCUGGUGCUGAAGAAGGAGAUGGACCUGCAACAGCUACUGGAUAUGAGAAUGACAUAAGGGAGGGAAGUCUUCGUGGCCAGUGGUACCCCUACAACGAGCGCCUCAUCUGCAUCUACUGUGGCAAGUCCUUCAAUCAAAAGGGCAGCCUGGACCGUCACAUGCGUCUGCACAUGGGCAUCACACCUUUCGUCUGCAAAUUCUGCGGCAAGAAGUACACCCGCAAAGACCAGCUAGAGUAUCACAUCCGUGGCCACACAGACAACAAACCCUUCCACUGCCAGAUUUGCGGCAAAUGUUUUCCUUUCCAAGGCACACUCAACCAGCACUUGCGCAAGAAGCACAUGACCUCUGCCACAGAAGUUAACAGUCACGCGGACUUGCUGGGAGAGGCAUCUGAUGGCCAGAGGGGGGAGCAAGAGGACAUCUCUGAGGGCGAAGCAGCCUAUGGAGCAGCAUACGCUGAUGAUAUGUUGACAAAAAACACCAGUGAAGAGAGUGGCAAGUGUAGUCCAGAGGAAGCACCUGCAUCCAAGAGUGGGUUUAAAUGGUUGCGGUGCCAAAACCUGAACAAAACAUCUUCACUCUACCAAGGCUUGAUACUUCAGUAAAAUAUUCCUUAGUGAUUGUAUGAAUUCUGGAUUGAUAUAGUUCAGUUUUCUUCAGCAGCCAUGUUAUGUAUGUCUGGGGGGAAAGUGCUAGUAUAAGGUAUACCUGUGGUGUAUUUCAGGAUCAAGGAUCCAUUAAUUUUUUUAUUAUGAUGCCAUAUUCUUUUGUUCUGUUAUUCUGCACUCUUUUCGUAGCAUUAUAUAUACAUUUGAUUCCAGGUCUAACGUCAACUUUUAAAAUGGAGACUGACAGCAUAGUUUCAGAUCAGUGCUAGAGCAGCACAGUAAACAAUAUUAAUCAGUUGACAAAUGUUAACUGUUGGGCUUUCCUGUUUUUGGUUUUGUGGUAAUUGUAUUUUGAUGUCUUUUCAAAAUGCUUUGACUUCACAAAUAGCAAACUUUUAGAAAUUUGUGGUUUGAGUUUUCCCAGACGCUGAUGAGGAGGUUGUGCCUUGAAAAUUAAACCUUAAAAUUAUGUAUAAAUAUAUUAGCAGAUAUGUUUCUGAUAGUGGUGCAGGAGUUACAUGUUAUAGGAAUUACCUUAGGGCCAUACCACUUUAGGAAGAAGGGAAAAAAAUUAUUGGUGAAAUAUUUAUAGCAUUGGUGUUCUCACUCAGUCAGUGGUUUAAAUUUCAAACAGAUUUUCUUGUAUUUUGCUUUGGCUUUAAAAUAAGCUUUGUAUGGUACGGACAGCUAUAAUAAGAAUUUCUCCUCAGCUUCUCGCACUUAAUGCAUCUGUUAACCAGAACAGACCAAAAUGUGCAGUGUUUCGAUAAAGAAAUUAAUAAUUGAGAAAGACUGACUGACUCUCAUUAGGCUUUUGCAAAGAGUGUUAAAUAUUAUGGAGAUGUAUGUGCUGGAGGUAUAGCCGUUUCUUAAGUCUAGGUUUCCAUACUACAAUAGAACAGUAAUAAGAUAAACCUGCAGUGUCAGGUCCACUAUUGUGGACACUUUUAUAUGUUUAGUACUGUGAAGAGAGAAUCUUGUAUGCCUAUUAUUACCAGAAUAUCAGUUCCUAUCCAUUUUCACUGUUGUGUAAUUGGUGCAAAACGUCAUACCUCACAUUUGUUUUUGCUUUCUCUUGACAGGUUGUUGACCUGUGGUUGAUUAAUGCUCCUUUCUUUUUAUGAGGAUUAAUAUCUGUUGUCUCUCAUGCCAUUUUUUUAUUUAUUUUUAUUUACAAAUAUUUUGUACUUUUUUUUUCUCCACACCCUCACAAAGUCUUAUUUGAGUCUUUCUAACAGAUCACAAGUUAUCUCAGAGGUGCAUAAAUUUGGUUUUUCCUAGCUAGCAAAGCAUUAGGCUUGUGCUUUAGUAGUAACUACAUUCAAGCAGUUGCCUUCCUAGCUGUCUGCAGUAUUUGAUUUAUAGUUCGUAAUGCUCAGACGGAUUAAAACGUGCCCAGUUCUUACAAUAUUCAAGUGCUUUUAAGCUGAUUUGACAUUUGACAUACCAUUUAGAUAUUUAUCUGACCACACCCUCCAUAAAUUGACUUAAUCAUCAUUCCCCUUUUGUAAAGAUUGAAGAUUAUCCCAUCACGACUACUCCUUCAAACCGCAACCAGUAUCAUGCCUUGUUUCUGAAAAAAAUGUUGUUUUAAAAUACAUACUGAUUUAGGGAAUGAUGCUCAUUUGUUUGUCUUUUAAUGGGUUUAUUGCAGUGUAGUCACUUGAGCAAUGUUAACUUUUCCCAUACAAGAAUGUUUCAGUUAAAGUACAAAGUAUUUUCAGUGAAAAGAUUGUUUUCAGAUUUAAAUGUGAAGUGUGUAAUUUCUGUGCAACUAGUGUCACCAAACAGAAUUGCAAAAUUAAUGACCAUUGGUUGGACAAAGAGAUAGUCCCGCCCCCCAAACACCAAUUUCUCUGUUUUAGGCUGGUCGGGAUGUAGUACUCAGCCAAAAAAAUAUAUAUAUAUAUAUAUUUUAGGGGGAAUAAAUCAAUCUCUGAAUGGCUUAUAGUUUUCUCUACAUAUUAAGCUGGGGAAGGAGAAUGUAUUUUAACACUGAACAAAUUUCACACAUCACUUUUAACUUCAGCACUUAAAGUAGAAUGGAAGGGAACUUCAUCCUUCUUUUCUCCUUCUUUAAAAUCAAGCUUUUUUAUUUGUUUGCUUUUUCAGUUUACUCUUAUUUCAUAUUUUAGAGUACAGAACAACAUUUGUGCCAUUAAACUCUUUUCAUAUGCUUGUAUUACUGGCAGUUAUGCAAGAAUGAGCCUAAUACUUAUUUUUAUUUUACCAUAUCUGAGCUUUGAACAGAUAAUAAUGCAUGACAGUUUCAAACAAUGAGCCAAACAUUGUUACUGUUUGCGUUACAGCUAACAAGAGCCAAAAUGUUGAAUGUAAAACACUUUAGGUCUGUCUGUGUACUACUGAUAAAGUUCCCUGCAACUAUUGCUCUGUAAAAUGAGACGCCAUAUCUGUCAUUUGUAACAUUGUAAACCUGACGGCUUCUUUCCCAGAAUAUGUUUAGAUUUGCUCUGUUCCUUUAUCGUAAUGAACCAGCUUUUAGAUAUUGUGAACAUGAGCUUGGCCACCAGUGUUGGGUGGAAUGCAUUAAUAAGUAAUUAAUUACUGUAAUUAAAUUACUUUUUCAUUGAAAAAAGGAAAGGGAUUAGUCUUAAUUUUUCAGUAAUGUAAUUACAGUUACUUCUGAUGUAAUUGUGUUAAAUACUGUGUAGACUAUAGAACAAUUCUGUAUAAAACAAUAGUGAAUUUAAAAUCGAAAUUUAACAUCUAAUGUUAAAAUACAUGUUUUCUAAUUUAACGCUGACCCUUCAAUUCUUUGGCCAGUUCAUGAAUAAUUUAUUUGAUUUUAUAUGAUUUAUUUGAAAGAAUUAAAAUAGCAGUUUCAUAUCUAUCCUUGUAUCUUUCAUCUGGUUGAGGUUGAUCAGGGUUUUAGAAAGUAAUUAGUCAAAAAUAAUGCAAUUACUUUUCAGACAGUGAAAUUAGUAAUCUAAUUACACGGUAGAAUAUGCAAUUAGUAGUUAGUAAUUAAUUACUUUUUUAUAACCCAACACUGUUGACCAUUAACCAAAGAGUGAACCAAAAAUUGUGUAGGGUUUGCGUAGUGUGCUGCACAGUGGAUUAGAGAGAGACCAAAACCAAGCCCUGGAACAAAUGAAUCUGUUUUGGAAUUGUGAAUAGAUCUUAUUUUUUAUUAUUAUUCUCCCACAGCAUAACAGCUGUCAGAUUUCAUCUGCAAUAAUUAGGAAAAGUGUUUGCUGUCAUUUAUAACUACAUAUUUUGUCAUUAGACAGUAAUGCAUUAGUCAACUGAUAUGUUGAGCUAAUGUUUCAUUCAAAGUGAAUGAAGCAGUUGGCAUACAUUUUGAUUAACUUUUUGAUGGUUUUUGUGGUUGCUAAAGAGAGAAUGGUAUAAAUGCAUAGAAAAGUUAGAGGUCUUGUUUUGUUGAGGAAGUGUUUAGAAUCUGAUUGAACCUGUGCCUUGCCAUAAAAAAAACAAAGGCUCAACUACCCCCUACAGGUUAUCUAAGUUUGCAACAAUGCAAGAUUAUGGGAAUGAGAUGGGGUUUCUUCUGAAAAAAUGGGGGGUGGAGGGGGUGUUUGUAUUGUUGUGUAUAUAUCACAGCCUGAUCUGUAUAAACUUUAAACUAGUGGUGAUAUGCAAAAGUAAUACGCCUAUUAAUUAGGUCAUAAUCAAGAAAUGUCAAUGCAGUGAGGGGUUCUCUCUUUCUGUAGUUGCAUUUUUUUAUUUUUUUGUAUCCUGACUUGAUUGUCUUUAUCAUUCUAGAUUUUUUUUUUUCAUGGGGGGAAAAUCUCAUUUGUAGGGGAUUAAUAUGCAGUGAUAUUAAAUGAAGCAACAGAGAUUUUGCAUCAGAAGCAUUAUGCAGUUUUAUCAGAAAGAGGAUAUGCUGAAUUAAAAUGGGACAAUCAAACAGCUUCAAAAUAUGGAAGCUUCCUCUUAAAAAUUAGUUAUAUCAUAUUUUAGUAAGUGAUUUUUUGCUUUGCUAUGAUCUCAUAAGAAUGAUGACACUUUCAGGUUAGCAGGUUGCUGUAUCAUGUAUAUUGUUUAUUAUAGAGAGGGGGGAUAUGCAUGCCGACCCACUUAUUGUUAAAGUAGAAUUGCAUGGUACCCUCCACAUUGUAAUAUGAAAAUACAGAUGAUCCUUUGUUUUUGUCUUAAAACUUGAAAGUGAUUUUCAUUUACAGCUAUAUCGCUUUAGUGAUAUUUUAUCUGGCUUGCACUUAAUAAGCUUUCAAAAACGUUAAUGAUUUUAUUUUAUUUUUAUUUUAUUAUUUUGUUGCUAUAAAUGUUUUCCAUAAGGAAUUAUUUUUCUUUCCAUGUUAUACUCCCAAUUUUUGGGACUCAUAAGGCCUCAAAUAUUUUAUUGCUUGGGAUGUGUUCCCCUUCAGUGGUGCUUUAUGACUAGUCAGGUUUCUUUUUGGUUUUAUAAUGUAAGCAAACAGAUGUUUAAUGAGUGAUAUGGGAUUGACAUACACUUGUAAAUGAUUAUAUGAACUGUACUAAUAGCGUCAUACUCUGACAAAUGACCUAGACACUCAUGGUUCAUAUUCACUCGUUUUGUUCACGUAACUGGUUCAUUUGGUGCCAUGCACAAUAAUCAAAAAAGAAGUGUUUACAGGGAAGGCUGUUGGACUAUUUUUUGAUUGUGCAGCUCAUCCUUUUUAACUAUUGAAACUAACUUCCUUCAGGUAGUUUAUGAACACUGAUCUAAACUUAGAAAUAUCGAAGAAAAGCAAAUCUUGAAGUCUUCCAUUUGGUUCUCUACAUUCAGCAUGUCUCCUCUGUGUGAUAAGCAAAAGCAAUAACCUUUUUAGAGCAGUUGUUCCAUUGGUGUCUGUCUGCCUCUCAGAUUGCAGGUGAAUAAUGUCUCAAAAUGAGUGCAUUCAGGAUGUCAGGAAUUUGAGGUCUUAUGAUGAGGAGGGGCUCCUUUUCUCUUUUUUUUUUCUUCUUUUUUUUUUUUUUUUUGUGUGUGUGUGUGUGAAAAUUUGGACAGGUUGGGCAAAAAUGCAGCUUAAUAUUUUUGUGGUUACCACAGUCUACAUUCUGUUUGUGUGGCUGUCCGACUCAAUGCGUGUUUGUAUGUAUUUCAUCCACCUUCCAACUGUGUCAUUGGUGAAAAAGAGCAUCUUUUUGUACGUGUCAAAUAUGAAAGGGAUUUUUGGGAGAGGUAAACUGCCGCUAUGCUGUGCGCUAAAUAUCUUCCUCCUCCAUGCAUAUAUACUGCAUUUAGAACUGGCUAAUCAAAGGCCGAAGAGCCCAUCAGCAAAAUUUUAACUUUGUUUCUAAAAGUCUCUGAAACUCUGUUAGCCUCUAGUUCUCAUGUAUUUGUGACAUGGCAAAAAGAAAAAGUAGAACUCAGGGUUUACUAGUAUUCAGAAAAUGCCAUUUUGGAUAUGAAAUGAUCUUUGUAUGUCCAAAAUUAAGCUUGCACUUUUACUUCAGGUGGGGAAGCAAUUCCUCAGUCGUUGGUUCCCAAAACAGUCUGCCUCAAAGGUGUAGUAAGGUGCACCUAAGCAUUUCCGUUCUUGCUUUCCGAAUGCAUGGGACAAGCACAGAGUUUCAAUGCUUAAGGAAUACAGAAGAUCUUUGGCGCAAAUUAUUUAAGUAGCACUCUGUCCAGCUCUCUGUUAUCCACUAUACGUACAACCUCACAACCCAACUGUGAACCUCAGAACUCUACUGUUUUAUACAACUAUGAAGUACAUGAAGCUAGCUAAUGCUGUAACAAUUAACUCACCAUUUAUAAAUUUUAUUUUAUAGCAUGAAAUAUAAGAUUAUAUUUAUUCAAAUUAUAUAUUUUACUCAUAAUCAUUUUGUGCUGCUUUUUAUUUUCAUCCUAAAGCUUGUAUAUUGCUUUUUUAUGAUACAAAGAAAUGUCAAUAGAUCAAAAUGCAUUUGUUUGUACAAUAAAGAUGCUGAUUUGG